CCCCUCCGCUGAGUAUGAGUGAACACUAGUGGUGGAUAAAGUGAUUAUACAACACGAUGGCGGCGGCCGCACCGGGACUCGCCAUUCACCAAGACUCCUCGACCGUUACCUUGACACAGCGGCGGCAUGUGACGGCCCUGCGGAGCCCGGCCCCGGCGCGGUGCCCGCGGGCCAUGCGGCGGUAGGGGAGGGGAGCGCGCGAGGCGAGCGGCGAUGGAGGGGCUGGCCACCGUCGUCGCCCUCGCGGCUGAGAACCUGACGGCCUCGGCGGGCCCUUCCUCGUCCUCGGCCGCCUCGCCGACAUGGACGACGCCGCCGUCCCAGCUGUCCUCCUCAUCGCCGUUCGCCGAGGACGUGUUCAACAACAUCACGUCCACGGAGCCACCCAUCGGCAAGUCGCGCUACUCGGUGUCCGAGAUCAUCGUCCUGGCCAUCUUUGCGGGCAGCCUGUCCAUAGUCACCGUCGUCGGCAACUCUAUGGUCAUGAUCUCGUUCAAGAUCGACAAACAACUUCAGACCAUCAGCAAUUACUUCUUGUUCAGCCUGGCGGUGGCUGACUUGGCCAUCGGUCUCAUCUCCAUGCCGCUGUUCACCGUGUCGGCGCUCAUGGGCUACUGGCCGCUGGGUCCGCACGUGUGCGAUGCUUGGCUCACCUUGGACUACCUCAACAGCAACGCGUCGGUGCUCAACCUGCUCAUCAUUUCGUUCGACCGCUACUUCUCUGUCACCCGGCCGUUAACCUAUCGCGCCAAGAGGACCACCAAUCGAGCCGCCAUCAUGAUAGGGUGCGCUUGGGGGAUAUCGCUGCUGCUGUGGACUCCGUGGAUCUACUCAUGGCCGUACAUCGAGGGGGAGCGCACGGUGCCGGACACCGAGUGCUAUAUCCAGUUCAUCGAAACGAACCACUAUAUUACCUUUGGCACGGCCAUAGCGGCCUUCUACGUGCCCGUGUCUGUCAUGUGCUGGUUGUACUGGCGCAUCUGGAGAGAGACGGAGAAGCGACAGAAGGACCUACCCAACCUACAAGCGGGCAAGAAGGACAGUUCCAAACGGUCCAACUCGAGCGUCGGCUGCCCCAACAGCGACGAGGCGGUGGACCUGGAGGACUGGAGACGGCAGCGGUCUGAGUCUGGCGGGCCUGGACAAGAUGACCUGGAGUCAGGGUACCUGCGCUACGAGCAGAAUAGACAGCCGAAACCACGGCCUUUCACGUGGUCCUGGGUGCGCUUGUGGUGUGUCACGUGGUGGCAUUCGGGCCGCGAGGACCCCACGGAAGACUGCGAGGACACCCCGAGCGACAUGGGCUACGCGACGCCCGUCUCCGUGGAGACGCCGCUGCAGAGCUCUGUGUCGCGGUGCACGUCGCUCAAUGUGAUCCGAGACCCCCUGCGCGGCGCGGGAGACCGUUCGCACCACGUCGCCGUCAACUCCAUCUCGGCCAUGACGUCGGACGGCCCUCCGUCGCGGGCCCUCCAGCCGGCCUCCAGGCUGGCCAACCGCUCACUGUCCACCGACUCGGUUGGCCGAAGAAAUCCCGAAGGGAUUCCUGAGGUGGAGGGUGAGGAGGCUGCUUCGCAGGUCUACACCAUACUGAUCCGGCUGCCGCCGGAAACCUGCGAGGAUUCGGCGCCAUCCAUCAAGCUCAUCAACGACGACGUGUCCAUGUCGGAGAUCAUGGAGGCACUGCCUUCGGACGGCGUGGGGCUGCCGGGACUGCCCGCGCUGCCGCCCAUACCCGCGGGCCGGCCGGUGCCCGACCGCGCCCUGGACCGCGUCUCCCUCUCGGAGAGAAACUCGGACCGCGAGUCGUACUACUCGGCGGUUCGUAGGCCGUCGCACAUCCAGGACGUGCGCAUGCCGCUCAACGCCAAGAGCGUGCCAAGGCAGCUCGGUUCUACCGCCACAUCAGGGUCGCGGGCGAUCCUUUCCAAUCUCGGUGGCGGCAAGAACAAGGAGGCCAAGAAGAAGAAGAAGACACAAGAAAAGAAGGCUGAAAAGAAGGCUGCUAAAACAUUGUGUGCUAUUCUGCUCACCUUUAUUCUUACUUGGACGCCGUACAACAUCCUGGUGCUGCUCAAGCCGCUCACGGCGUGUACGGACUGCAUCCCCCCUGGCCUGUGGGACUUCUUCUACUACCUGUGCUACAUCAACAGCACCAUCAACCCUAUGUGCUACGCGCUCUGCAACGCGUCCUUCCGCCGCACCUAUGUGCGCAUCCUCAAGUGCAAGUGGCACACGCGCACCAGGACAGCUAUGAACCGGGGCUUCUACAACUGAGGGCCCGCUCUCGCCCGCAGCAACGGCACUUCCUCCACCCAGCGCGCCAACGGUGACCUAAACCUCAACGACUUUUAGACGUUACUGACGAACACUUCUAGACUUCCGACGACAUCCUUCAAGACGCUACAUUGGUCUUAGCGAAAGUGAUGGACAAACGACUCUCGUGGUUAAUAUAUCGUACUUUACGUUGUAGCCACAAAGCUGACCUAGAAACACUGACGAGACAAGGUGAAACGGCCGCUGGAGUGAAGAGAUGAAGUGGUGAUCACGUGGUGCGACACGUGUCCCCCGAUUGUUGCGUGGCGAGAGCUAACGUACUGUGGAGUUCCACAACAGAGAGACACUGCCUCGACAGUGAAAAAUGAAUCAACGUGUGCUAUUCAUAUAUGUACGUAUACAUAUAUGUAAACCGUAGGCUAAAUCCACUAUCAAUAACUUGUAAGUAUCGUAUGGUUUGGUUUUAUGGAGGUGAAAUCCAUGAGCUCAAGACGGGAAAUUUUGCCGGGUACCAUGUAUUAGUUAACUAUAUUUGACAUGGCAUUUGUGCUGAUGACAUGUGUCUGGUUUGGGUCGUUCCUCGGGGUCGGGUGGAAGGACAAGGUUUCUGGACAAAGUAGGGAUAUGUACGGUUGACUUUGCAGCAUUUUAAUUUUUUGUCUCCUUUAAAUGCUUGCACUGGACUUACAAAAACCAGCCUCUGGCGAUCAAGAGGUUGUUUUCCUUAAAAUUAAAAAAUAAUCAGUACCAACAUUACCGAACAUUACUAUCUAAAUAGAUCAUGGAAUGAUACUGCUAAAAAUCUAACACCUAACAGAAGUUAACCAAUUUAGUUUAUUUUGUAUUUUAUUUCCAUCGCACCCAAUUGAUCCUGCGUACUUUUUUCUGUUGAACUGUCUCUUGCUCAUAAAAAUAGUUACCGAAGUUAGUGCGUGUAACUCGAGAUUGAACUCUUUGCAUUAAGCUCGAAUGUUGCACAUCAAGCUCACGGCGCUUCACACUUGUGUACCACAGAUGUUAAGCCGAGAGCAUAUGUUGAUGAUAUUUAUUUUGUCACUGUUCUCUGUUCCUUCCCCUUCCAUGGUGCGCGUCAGUCCGCAGCCCGACCCACGCGACGCACCAGCACACGAACCACUCUUUAAGUCUGUUCAGCAAUACAGCGGUUGUGAAGCGUUUUCCUGACUGGCACAAUAAAGAAAACAUUUGACCAAUGCCAA